GAGGUGGAUGCAAAAACGUGUUCCUGGAUGGGAUGGACUCAUUGGAUAGACAACAAGCUUCAACACAUUUUCCCAAAAACUUUACGCGCCGUGGCAACUAGUGGCAACGGGUGCUCUUACUGUAUAUAGUCUACUGAUUUCCACUCAAAGGGGAUUUUAUGUUCCUAUUCAAUGAAAGCGUUGGGCUUUUUCGACUUUUAUGGGCGUACCUGCAAGUUAUUGUGUAGGUGCGAUAGAAAGUAACAAUUCCACAUGUGAUGCGCCUAUUUUGAAACAUGUGACAGUGGGACAUUGGAUUUAAGCGGAGCACUGGAAAGAACUUCAACAAAAACGUGUUUAUUUUUGCCGAAGAGAAGGGACAGCUCCACAGCAUACGUUCAUGUGAGACAUCAUUGCAGGCAGACGUUCAAGAACGUCAUUGCAGGCAGACGUUCUCCUUAAAAGUGUUGUGACAUAAUAACCUUUAUGUUAUGCUGGAUGUAAAAAAAAAACAUUCAGAAAAUGUGAUAUUUGCAUUUAAAUGGAGAUCAUCUUUAUACAUUGGUAACAACUGUAUACUUGUGUAACAUCAUCAUCAAAAACAUAAUUGUGCAGGAUGAGAGCUUUCAUUUCUUUGAACCGGGCAACGUUUGGACUUUUCUGGAGCUGCUUGAGUUUUCUAUACUGCGCUCAUUGUGGUUUAGGCGACAACCAUGUGCAUUCUAGUUUUAUUUACAGGAGAUUGCGUAACCAUGAACGGAGAGAGAUUCAGAGAGAGAUUCUCUCUAUUUUGGGUUUACCACAUCGUCCAAGGCCCUUUUCUCCAGGAAAACAAGCAUCUUCAGCACCCCUGUUCAUGCUUGACCUGUACAAUGCCAUGACUACUGAGGAGGAAGAAGGGUUGAGAACACAAGAGGUUACAGGGAAAGGAUUCAGCGCGAAGGCUCAUGGAAACUCGCGUAAAGGGUACCACGGCUCUCCGCAGGGACACUCUCGUGUUUCGCAACCUUACCGCGCGGCUCCUCUGACGAGCCAAAGCCCUCCACUCACUACAUCUCACGACACCAACUUUCUAAACGAUGCUGAUAUGGUUAUGAGCUUUGUCAACUUAGUGGAGAAAGACAAAGAUUUCUCCCAUCAGCGAAGACACUACAAGGAGUUCCGUUUUGACUUGACUCAGAUCCCAGAGGGGGAGGCGGUGACUGCUGCUGAGUUUCGGAUCUACAAAGAUGGCAGUCCUCCUCGCUAUGAGAACAUUACCCUGAAGGUCACCAUCCACCAGGUCAUCAAGGAAUAUCAAAACAAGGAUGCAGAGACGUUCUUGUUGGAUUCCAAAAAGAUCAAGGCCUCUGAUGGGGGUUGGCUGGUCUUUGAUAUCACAGCUACCAGUAACCACUGGGUGCUGAAUCCACUGCAGAACAUGGGUCUGCAGCUCUCUGUUGAAACUAUGGAUGGACGGAGUAUCAACAUGAAGUCUGCUGGCAUCGUUGGUAGGAAUGGACCACAAUCCAAACAGCCGUUCCUAGUCUCAUUCUUCAAGGCCAGUGAAGUAUUGCUGCGCUCUGUCAGGGCCGCUGGUGGAAAGAAAAAGAAUCACAAUCGUAACAAAUCAGGUGGUCAACAGGAAUCAUCACAGGCACCGAAAAGUGGAGAUCAUAACACCAGUGAACAGAAACAAGCCUGCAAGAAGCAUGAACUUUACGUCAGCUUCCGAGACUUAGGAUGGCAGGACUGGAUUAUUGCACCUGAAGGCUAUGCUGCUUUUUACUGCGAUGGGGAAUGUUCUUUUCCACUCAAUGCACAUAUGAAUGCGACAAAUCACGCCAUUGUGCAAACUCUGGUCCAUCUGAUGUUCCCUGACAAUGUGCCAAAGCCAUGUUGUGCACCGACCAAGCUGAACGCUAUAUCUGUGCUUUACUUUGAUGACAGCUCAAAUGUCAUCCUCAAGAAAUACAGAAACAUGGUCGUCAGGUCAUGUGGUUGCCAUUAACGGGCAAGCAGCGGUAUUUUUCACAUAUGUGGUAUUGCUGAAAAAGUACAAUAUCGAUUUAGAUAGGUUGGAGGUGUGAUGUACAGUAUUAUGUAUAUAUUAGUUGUAUUAACUUAUUUAUUUCCCCUAUUUUUGUGGAAACACUCAACAUUGUACAAUGAAUAUGACUUAGAAUAUGAAAUUAGAGUGCAUGUAUAUUAGACAUCACUUGGCACUCUCUCCUAUAGGCCAUAUCAAACAUAUACUGGUACGUUGUUAUAGUUGUAGGAUUUUGUUGUACAUCUUAGCAAAAGGAAACUUCUCGAUCCAAUAUGGAUCUAUUGGAUGUAUUGUUACUGAAUACGGUUCAACUAAGUAUACACAUUUUACCAACAUGGUUCUUUGGCUGUCCCCAUAGGAGAACCAUUUGAAGAGACCCUUUUCUUCCCAGGUAGAACCUUUUGGGGUUCCAUAUAGAAGCCUUUCCACAUACGGUUCUACAUUGAACCCAAAAUGGUGCUUCUAUGGGGACGGCGGAAGAACCGUUUUGGAACCCGUUUUCUAAGAGUGUAUAGCACUGUUUUUCAAACUGUUACAUUAGAUUUCAUUUUCAAACCAUUGUUUUAAACCAUUCUAACCACUCAAAAAAGAUUUACAAAAUGCUGCUACAGUAAAAUGAGGUAAAAUCUUAUGACAUAGCAGUUGAAUAUAGUUUGCGUAGCUACAGUAUCUUACCUAGAAAUAGUGUCAAUUAUUGCAUCGACAUUGUAUUAUGAAGCACAUUAUAACCUAUACUAGCCUAUGCAACUUGCAAUUUUUUUUAUUUGAUUUAUCCAUCAGACGUGUUAAAGCAGAAUCCGUAUUGAUGUCAUUGACUGAGUAAGAGCCUGGCACAACAUAAAUCACAUUAAAGGUAUGCCGUAAAAGAGCAAAGGAAGUAUUUCAAAUAGGUCCCCUUGAAUAACACUCUGAGUUUUUCCUCCAGGCUUGAAGUUAAUCAUAUUUACACUGUGCACAGGCUUCAGUCUAUCAUGAAAAUGGGUUUGGAAAAACGUGUGGUUGUUUAUACGGUAUCCUUAGACUUCUGGCUAUAAAAUAUAUGUAUAUAUCAUGUUUUAUAUCAAAUAAGUUCUGCUGAAAGGUACUUCCUCUAUGCCAAAGUAUCCCAUAGUAUCCCACAUUCUGUUGAAUACAUAUUUCCAGAGCAUUCACUGAAAAAACAUGAGGACUGGCAUGCUAUAUUCUCAGACCCUUGAAAUGUCAUAGUUCAAUAACAGUAGGAAUAUAUGAAAAUUAGGCAAAAGUUGUGCAGUAGCUCCCUUAAAAGUACUUUAUGGCCAGUAUAUAUUUUCAUAUUUUACAUAUUCAAUACGUAAUGGAUGAAACAUCCCUAACAUACUGACUAGACCGGCCACGUUGUGUGCGCGAGUGUUGCAAAAUAGAUGUACACAUCAUGUACACGUUAUUCAAUCAUUUCAUCCAAACUGCUUGCAUGUGUCAACGAGCGUCUGCGUAGCCAGAACUUGGUUCCAUGUCCUGCCUCUCCCAUCUACUCUUUUGUUUUCACGACCAUACUAACCCACAUGGGUGAUUGAAUAAUUAACAAGGAGAGAUUAAUCAAAGAAAACUGACAAACUGACAACAAAAUUAAUUGUCGGAGUAGAGGACACACAAUUUUGUAUGACUCAAAAUGGGACAAAAUUCUACAAAGAUCCAGCAAAAAAAUAGGACCAUUUGCAUUUCAGAUAAAAUAGCAAGCCAAUGUUUAUCUCCCAGGACAAAUUAGCUAGCAACAGCAAGCUAGCUAAAUGUCCAUGAAUGUUUCAUUUGUGUUUCAACUUGUCCCCAAAUUAAUAUAGUUGGUUCACAGUUGGUUUUGGUAUUUUAACCUGCGUGUCAUGAACGCAUAUGGCGGAGAUAAACUAAAUCAAAAUGCACACGAUGGCGCACGCGGAUGCAUGCUUGGGACAGGUUUGGUCAAGGUGUGAGAAAAUACAUUGUUUGCCCAAUUGUGGUUAUAUCACUGUUAUUUUUGUAUUAUUAUUGAUGUUAUAUUAUUAUUGUCGUGUUGUUAUGCUUCAUAGUAAUUUGAGUAAUAUAUGUUUGGGAAAAAUACAGGUUACUGUAUUGUUAGUGUUGUUUACAUAUUAUUAAAUGAUCUUUUUGAAAAUA